AAUGAUUCUUGUCAGCUGAAGCCAGUACUGGCUGUAGGGCACACCCUGCUCACUGACCGCUGACCUGGGAGACUGCAGUGGACACAGGCCCUAGAGCUCCAGCUCCCGGAAGUGUUAAUCCUGAGGGGUAGACAUUCUUCCCACCUACUGUGGCCCCAUCAGGAUGAUCCCCAAGGAGCAGAAGGAGCCAGUGAUGGCUGUCCCAGGGGACCUUGCUGAUCCAGUCCCUUCGCUGGACCUGGGGAAGAAGCUGAGUGUGCCUCAGGACCUAAUGAUAGAGGAGCUGUCUCUACGAAACAACCGAGGAUCCCUCCUCUUUCAGAAGAGGCAGCGCCGGGUGCAGAAGUUUACCUUCGAGCUCUCAGAAAGCUUGCAGGGUAUCCUGGCGGGUAGUGCCCGAGGGAAAGCGGCUGGCAGAGCAGCGGUGGCAACGGUUCCCAAUGGCUUGGAGGAGCAGAACCACCACUCCGAGACGCACACGCACGUGUUCCAGGGGUCACCUGGGGACUCCGGAAUCGCCCAUCCUGGAGCGGCUGGGACUGGGUCUGUUCGUAGUCCAAGCGUCCUGGCACCAGGCUAUGCGGAGCCACUGAAGGGCGUCCCACCGGAGAAGUUCAACCACACCGCCAUCCCCAAAGGGUACCGUUGCCCUUGGCAGGAGUUCAUCAGCUACCGAGACUACUACCCGAGUGGCAGCAGAAGUCACACUCCCAUCCCCCGCGACUAUCGCAACUUCAACAAGACCCCAGUGCCAUUUGGAGGACCCCAUGUUGGGGAGGCCAUUUUCCACGCAGGCACCCCCUUUGUCCCGGAGCCCUUCAGUGGCUUGGAACUUCUCCGCCUCAGACCCAAUUUCAACAGGGUUGCUCAGGGCUGGGUCCGGAAGCUCCCGGAGUCUGAGGAGCUGUAGCCUCAGCCUGAAGCUACAAUUCCCUGGGCUCGAGGCCCAAGAAACGUUAUGCUUGUCUGACCUUGCUUGCUUUUCUUUCUUUCUUUCCUCCUAUACCCAGCCCCCAACCCCAAGUAUUUCAUUUCUCCCUUUACUGAGACAGGAUCUCACCCUGUAGCCUAGAUUGGCGUGGAACUCAUAGCCCCACCUGGCCUUGCCUCAGCAUCCCACGUGCUAGGAUUACAAAGUCGGCAUUAGAGGCUGACCUCAGCACAUAAAGAGCUUUCACACCCUGAACGUUAUUAGAUACAGCAGUUCAAAGGUCAAUGAGUUCAUUAAUCCUCAAAGCGGAUGUGUAUCAAACAUUGUAUCAUCUAAUGUGGAUUUGGAACCUGCCCCAGACUCAGUCUCAGAUUGGCCUGUGACAGGAGCUAGUAUCAAGUACUCCAGGUGACCCGUGUAACCUGCCUGUGAUGUGUGUCUGUAGGAAGUGACAGCCAUGCCUGCCUCUGCCUGACCCCAGCAGCUGUCACUUCCCUGAUGACAGGAUGCUCAGUAGUAGUCCGUCUAUGUGUAGAUUGUCCUGAUUAUUAGGAAGGAGUAACUUGGGAAUGCAGCUGUUUGUAGAACGCUUGCCUAACAAGCCUAACACGCACCAAACCCUGGGCUUCAUCCUAGCACCACAUUAACUAGGCUUAGUGGGGUUAUGCCUAAAAUCCCAGCACUCGGCAGACACAGGCAAGAGGAUUGGAAGUUUGAGGUCUGUGCUCGCUUCAGCAGCACAUAUUAUUAAAAUCGGAAGUUUGAGGUCAUCCUUGACUAGAUGGUGAAUUUAAGGCCAGCCUGGGCUACAAGAGACUAUCUUAGCUGCUGAUUGACAGACGUGCACCCCAUUAGCUGUCAUCUGUACAUGCUCCCAGCGUUUCUGAAACAUGCCCCAUGCUGGAUGGUGCCAGGCCCAGGUCUCAGGAAGGCCAUGACAGGAAGACGGUUUGUAAGGCAGGUAUAUACUGACAGCUGAGAACAAAGUAACUGGGAAGAGAAGAACCCCAAGUGAGCUGGUGGGAUUUCACAAAGUUCCCAGAAGGCUUGAACCAGACCUUAGAGAAGGAACAAGAGCCCACCAAGAAAAUAAGAUUGUGAUAAAAGGUCAUUUUUGGUAUGUUUUGAGCUGGGUAUUGAAGUGCGGUGUUUUGGAGAGGCGAGGCUGUAGUAGAGACAGAGGCUAAAGGGACAAGGAGUUAGCAAUGGCCUCAGUGGUUGCUGUGUAGCACCCAGGAGUGAUGCUAGACACUAGGAUGUCCACAAGGCACAAGGAGCAGGAGGGGAUUAAGGGAGUGGAGGGUGUCAGCCUGUGAUGUCCUUUAUAGAACAGCUACAAAGUAGGACACGUAAUGACACCAUCCCGUCCUCCAUUCUGUACAGAUUCUAGUCCAAGUGAUGGGGCUGCGACUGCUAAUUGUAGAGUGUGGACAAUGCCUUGGUGGCGCUCGCCAUACUCUGCUCCACAGAUGUGGCUAUCCAGUCUCUAGACCGAAAGGAGCAGAGCUGAAGAGACAGAGUCCGUGAAGGAUUCCAUCAAAGAGAACCACUGCUCUGACUGAGCUGACGCUCACCCAUUCUGGAGUCGUGGAGCGGUGUCCUGUUUUGUGAUUUAGGGUUUAAUAGUGGGGGCUUGGGUAUCCCACUAGUUGGGAUUUGGUUAAUCUGAGUGGUAUGAGCUUGGGAAAGCCACUUCACACACGAGCCUCUGCUUCUGCGCCUGUAAGACAAGGACAAGUGUAGGUCUUCUGCAGGACUCGAGAGCACAGUAUAGGACAGUCACAGGGCCUCCAUGUCGGGUUUCUUGCGUUACCCGUUCUGUUGGAAUAGAUCCGCAGUGGAUGCCACUUAUGAAGCGGGCUGUGAGGAUGCAGGACUCAGGUCAGCCUGAGGCUGAUGAUGGGAGGGCUCCUUUUGGCAGGAACCCUUGGCCAGGCUGGAUGGCGCAGUGGAUGCAUUUUUUUUUCUUUUACUCUGUGGAGUUUUACUGCCUUUCCUGGUUUCAGGGAACCAGUAGCCUGAAUCUUGAGGUGUUUUCUCUUGGAUUUGGGGCUGUCAAAGCCAAGUUUCCAUAAUCUGAAGACCAACACUAUCUGGAUAGUAGGACUUCUUGGAUGGCUUGUGUAGCUCUCUGGAAGGAAACCUAUCUGACAGCACAGAAAAGAUUCGGGAGGUGGGGGUCCUGCAUCCCAAAGUAGGUCCUUCAAUCUGCCGUGAUUUUUGUUACUUAAUAGUGUCCAGCAUGGCCCAUGCCAUGCACCUUCUCCCCUGUAUUCUCCACUCCUGCAGACUGUAGGCAAACUGCUAGUCUUUAAUGGAACCACCGCAUACGUGCUGUUACUCAACCAGAAAAAGUUUGGAUCCCGAGAAAGCAAAUAAACAUUUCAAGCAUUUUGGGGAUCUACCAAGUCUUUCAUCAAACCUAA